AAAUUGUGAAGUGUUCUUUCCUUGGUAGUGAUUUCCGCGUGCGAAUUCGCCUGGAUUUUCCCAGUGGCGAUUUCGAGUAUAAGAUAGAUAGCGGUCGGCUGCAAAAGAAACCGACGAUUCAGUGAAGUGAUCGAGCUAUAAAAUAUCCUCGCCUUAUACCGUAUGAAGGAAGGAAAAUUUCAAUUUUUAUAAAGAGCCUUACAAAUGAUGAAAAUACUUAGCAUCUUAUGGUUAGUUUUUGGCUUAUGCCACGUUUAAUCAUCAAAUUAAUCGUUAAUCAUCAAACACCUCCUAGUUAGUGUACACUUAUAUGCACUUAUUUUGACUUUGCCACUUGCAGAUUUACAGAUAAAGGUACUCGUCAUCUAGUGGUAAAAGUCGAAAGUAGAAUUUGGUACAUUUCAAAUAUUGAAGGAUCGUAAAAGCUAUGAAUAUGAUCGCUAAAUUUCUUAAAACCAUUUUUUGACUCAUAAAAAAUGCACAAUUAUUGCAACUUUGCAACUUGUAAAUUUAAAGAUAAAGGUACUCGCUAUCUAGUGGUGAAAGAUUAAAGUGGUAUUGUCAUAUUCAAAGUCGUCGAAAUCUGAUCUAAAUUUUUUGAAACGGUAAAAAAUAGUUAUUAUCAGGUUAUUUAAAAUGUACUUAUUGUUUUUAACAUUAUUGUAUCGUAAAAAUCGCCAAAACCAAGCCAAAUAAUGAGUAUACAUUUUAAAAAAUUGUAAAUUUUCAUUGUUUAGUCAUCAGGCCAUAAUUAAGGUUGAGCAUUUCCACCAGGGCUUUUUAUCGUUAUGUACAAGUGGAGUUAGCGUUACUCGAGCCUCGAAGUAAAACGUCGGUUAGCCAAGUAAAAAUCGUAAAGUCGCACUCGCAGGCGUCGUAAAAAUAGCCUGCAAGAUCAGCACUUUCCGCGCGCGUCAGAUAAACGCAAAAAGUCGAGUUUUCGCGUACGAGUGGAAAAAUAGAAAAAUAUAUAGUUUGCGCUCGCGGUGAUUCUGAAACGGAGCCGGUUCGUAAUUAAAAAAAGGAGAGAGACUAUUGCGACUCAAACAGUGUGUUGUACGUAAGUGUGUCGUUCGAUAACAAUGCGUGAGGCUAUACAAUGCCAAUUUAAAUCCGUCAUCAUACUUUUGGCUUUGUGCGAAAGGAACUCUAUACGCUAAAAAUGGAAUCACUCUACUUUGUGGCUAGAGAAAAAAAGUGUCAUGCCGCCGCCACGCACGGCCGUCAUCAAGCCAACGACAACCCAGGCCAGGCGCGUUUCCUGCCGUUUUCGGCGAGUUUCGCCCUAGGUGCUCCCGGAGGCAACGCGCAGACAUUCAGCGUGUCCGGUGGACCCCAGGGCAUCGGAGUGGCUCAGAGCUCCAGUCAGGCAGCCAACACCGGCGCUGGCUCGUUAGCAGCGAGCCAAGCGAACGCACUGGCACUCGGCCCAGGUGGCAUCUCCGCGGCCAAUUCCAACGCCUUGGCCUCUAACGGACCUCUGCUCGGCCCUCAGUCCCAUGCUCAGGGCAACGCCUACGCCCUGGGCCAUGGAUCCGCCAAUGCUAACGCCAACGCCAACGCUCACAACGGAGCCGCGCAACAUCGUCCGAACAGAGACUACCCCAGCUACCCCGGCUAUGGCAGUGGUUACGGCAAUUAUUACAAUCCGCAUCGCGCGCCAAGGCUUCACGUGACCGUGAGCGACGGCGACCGUCAGCACUACCGUCCCGGCGGCAACGGCAACGGUCCCUUUUAUGACGUCCAGGAGCCCAGGGAUCCCUGCGACUAUCAGGGCUGGCAGAGAGAUCCCCGCUGCCGAGGGCCGAGGGUCGUCGUCUCCAAGCCUGGAGAAUACUAUCCCUCUCAGCAGGGCUACAAUCCGAAUUACAAUCAGGGAGGAUCGGACGGAUACUACGGCGACGAAUACGGCAGACCCGGUGGCUUGUCGCUCAGUGUAGGAAAGGAACGUCCAGCUCAAAAUCUUAUUGAGUCGACAUCGGAUUCACAUGCCGAAGCUCACUCUCAAGGCUCUGCGACUGCAACGGGUCCGGUUUUGAGUCCAGUCGUUUCUUCGAACACGGCUUCGGCGACCGCAACUGCUUCAGCCUCGGCCGGUGGAGCCGCUUCCGGAGCGCAAGCUUCGGCCUCCGCAAGCUCGUCGUCCACUGGUGCGGCUGCCAAUGCGCUACCUUCGACUUCUUUCGUUCCCGCGGAACAGAUAAUACCUCCGGAAUUCGUGAGGAGUAAACAGCUGAAAAAAAUCAAUAAGGAUGAGGACGAGGAUGAAGACAAGGAUGAAGACGAGGACGAGGACGAAGAAGAUGACGACGACGAAAAAGGACCCGUAGAGACUGUCAUUUCAAAAAUUGUAGAUUUUUUUGACAUUUAGGAUAAAUUCGAUAUUAAUGUGUGUUUCUUUGUACAUAGUCCAGAGUGAGAAUGAAUAGACGAAAAAGAAAUUGUGGAUGUUGGCGAAAAUGAGAAUUGAGCGGCGAAUACAGCUCUUAAUUUUUUACUACAUGUAUAUGUGCUGCCAUAUAGAGCAUACGCUUGACAAUUCGAUUUUAAAUUCUUUUUAAAUCGGAUUCGAAUGAAAAUUCUUCAAUCAGUAUUAUAUCAAAAUUCAACCUGUGCGCGGGCAUUAAUCGACUAUAUUCAAAAGUACAUGUGUACUGUUAGUUUUCGAAAGUCGCCUCGAUAAACUGAACUCAUUCAAAUUUAUGUUGAUGUAAUAAAAUAGUUUAGUUUUAAGUUAA